AUGGCCUCCGAAGAGUCUGCUGCCCAGAAGCUUCUCCAGAAGCAUUCCGAGGAGCCUCGCAGUGUAACAGUUGAGGAUAUCCCAGAUGAAGAACUUCCCGCGAAGCCGACCAACGACGCCCAUGGCUCUUGGGCCGCUCCGAUGAGCUCCAAGGCUGCUGGAAAGCAAAAGGAAUCCUCCACCCCCCAGGCGCCUCUCGACACGCAGUCUCACGAACUCUUUCCCGAACUUGGAGCCCCCAAGGCCAAGACUGCCAACGUGGCCCCCAUCUGGGGUGCCAAGAACAACGCCAAUGGCAGGCCUGAUGGUGCUGCCUCCAACGGCGUUUCACGAUCGUCAACCCCCACGUCCGGAACCGCAACUCCCUCCAAGGCUGUCGCUCCCUCCAUGUUUAUUCCGGGUCGCAAUGUUGAAACCGUCACACUGGACCCCCAGUUUGUCCUGCCCCGUGGCCAAUUGAAGCGCCCAAUCCCCGAUAUCAUCAAAGACAUCAAUCGCAAGUCGCGCGCAAACAUCACCAUGGCCAAUGGAGCCAAUGGCCGAUACAAGUUCGAAGCUACCGGUCCUCAGGAGAUUGCUCAACAGGCUCUCAAGGAUUUGGUCCAGCAAAUUGGAACCCGGACUUCCAUCAAAGUCCCCAUCCCUUACUCUGCUCGAGCUCAUGUCAUUGGAAAGGGUGGUUCGAUGAUUAGGUCGUUGCAGGAGAAGACUGGAGCCAAGAUCCAGCUUCCCAAGGUCGAAGACAAUGCUCUUCUUGCUGACGACGACGAAGCCACCAUCGACGUUUCUGUCGAGGGCAACGCUCUCUCCGCCGCAUCGGCCCGGAAUGAGUUGCUCAAGAUUGCUGGCGAGCGGGCCGCCAACGUGCAGACCAAGGUUCGCGGUGUUCCCACGGCUUUCUACCCGUUUAUAGCCGGCCCCGGAAACUCCCUGGCCAAAGCUUUGGAGGAGACUCACGGUGUUCAAAUGCGUGUUCCCUCUCACCAGGCCAUAUGUCAUGUUCCUGCUCCUGCCGCCCCCCAGCCCGGACACCGGCCUGUCUUUCACCCUGCCGGGGUUGAGGACGACCAUAUCCAGCUGGCGGGUGAUAGGGCUGCUACUCAGCAGGUUCGUGCUGAAAUCGAGCGACAAGUCGCCGAGCUGCAUAAACAACUGCAAUUGGAGCAGCUUGCCAUACAGCGGGGUCGCCAUCAAUUUAUUAUUGGAGACCGAGGGUUGCCUGCGGACGACUUCUUCGCCGAGACCGGCUGUGCUAUUCUCCUCCCUUCAGACGAAGAUGACGACAUGGUCACCGUCAUUGGCCCCGCUGAGCGUGUUCAGGCUGGUCUGGAAAAGGCCAUGGAUCUGGCCAUGGGCAUGCAAAUGUCAAACAUUGAUGUCGGUAGAUUCCAUCGCAACGCCCCUGGUGGCGCUGCCGCACAUGCCGGUAACGUGACUCGCUAUCUUCGUCAGCGCAGGGAGAUUGAUCGUCUGGAGAAGCUGUACAAUACCCACAUCAACACACCCUUCUCGCAGGAUGGCGCCUUGCCCUGGGAGCUGUACUCUCGUGAUGGCAAGAACGCCAUCCGCGCCCAAUCCGAGAUCACCGGUAUCAUCAACGCCCAGCCUCCCGCUCGUAUGCACUCUGUCAACAUUGAUCCCUUCUUCCACCAGCACCUGCGUACCGACAUUACCCCUAGGGUAAAGGCCGAUUUCGGUGUUCACCUUGUGAUUCCCGAGGCAUCUGAGCCUAACACUCCGGUACUACUUGUUUGCGAGGGUCCGGAGCCGACUGAUGGUCCUUACCAGCUCCCUCGAACCAAGCCCACGGACGCGGAGAUUCGUGAAUUUAAGAAGGCUCUGGAUGAUGCCGAAAAACACAUUCUGGGUCUUAUCGGCAAGCAAGAGGAGCUAUCCAGCGCUACCCUAGACGUUCCCGCGAGAUUCCACGAGAGACUUCGGCGCUUCAUCAAGAAGGAGCAGGAGAGGCGCCCUUCUGACCAGAUCCCUGUGCGCGUUACUAAGGUUGGCACCACAAUCACCCUCCGUGGACCCAGGUCUGCUGUGGAAGCUCUGGCGACCAAGGCCAAUACCUUUGUUGAUCAGGAGAAGGAAGACGAGAAGGAGCGUGGCUUUACUUUAAGUUUCGAUUUUCCUCAGAAGUUUGCCAACCAUCUUAUUGGCAAGAGCGGUAGCAACAUCAAGGAGCUUCGUGAUCGAUUCGACGUCGAAAUCCAGGUUCAAGAUGGGCAAGUCGAGCUCAAGGGCCCCAAGGCCAAAGCCGAGGCUGCUCGCCACCACAUCCAGAACCUCAGCCGUACCUUGGCUGAUGAGACAACGCAUAUUUUGAAGAUUGACCCCAAGUAUCACCGAGAGCUCAUCGGUGCCCAGGGCGGCCAGAUCAACCGCCUUCAAACUCGAUACAAGGUCCUCAUUUUCUUCCCUCGCUCCGCAAAGGCUGGCCCCGAAGACCAGCCAAACCCCGACGCCGCCAGCGACGCCGGCAAGCCCCGCCGUCAGCAGGCUCCUGAUGAAGUCAUUAUUCGUGGUCCCAAGAAGGGCGCAGAUGAAGCUAGGGAUGAGAUCUUUUCUCUCCACAAGUAUCUGGAGGAGCAUUCAGUCACUGCAACUGUCCCCGUUCAGCAGAAGCAGGUUGGGUCUCUUAUCGGCCAGGGGGGUGCUGCCCUGGAUGAGCUUCGCCAGUUGACUGGUGCACGCAUCGAUGUCCCUGCGGACCGUGAUGCAGAUAUGGUUGAAAUUUCCAUCAAGGGGACUGCUUCGCAAGUCGCCAAGGCCCGCAAGGUCUUGGAAGAAAAGCGGACCAUUUUCGACGACACCAUUGUUCAGACUAUUGACGUUGACAAGAAGCACCACAAGGCCUUGAUUGGCAGUGGGGGAGCCAACCUGAAGGAUAUUGUCAUCGGAGCUGGAGGGUCGGAUGAUCGACGCGAGCUCGCUCGCACCAUUCAGUUUCCUAAACAGGAGGCAGAUGGCAACACCAUCAAGGUCGAGGGACGCACCGACGUGGUGCAGAAGAUCAUUAAGCGCAUCCAAGAGAUCGUUGCUGAGCGUGACAGCCAGAUUUCGGAGGUAGUCGAGGUGCCUAUUGAGCAUCAUCGAUCGCUUAUUGGUCGUGGUGGUGACACCAAGCGCCAGAUGGAGAGCAAGUUCGAUGUUUCGAUUGACGUGCCCAGACAGGGCGACGGCAAAACUGGUGUCAAGGUGUCUGGCCGACCCGAGAACGUAGCCCAGGCCAAGGAGCACAUUGCUGGCAUUAUCAAACAGCAGCAAGGAGAGACUAUUCAGAUCCCCCGCAACGUCCAUCACGCCGUUUCCAACAAUGGCCAGAUUUUCCGACAGCUCCGCAACAACCAUCAGGUGACGGUUGACCACGCUGGCCAUACUAUUCCCGGCAAGCACGAUAGCUCGGGCAGAGCCAACGCUGGCUCCUUGCCGCUUAUCACUGACGACGCGGACGCCACUGCAGACGCUCACUCCUGGAAAGUGGUCAAGACUAUUUCUACCGAGGAGGGAGAUAUUCCUUGGGUCUUAAAAGGCACCCCGGAGAAUAUUCAGAAGGCCAAGGAAGUGAUCCAGAAGGCCCUGGAACAGGCCAGGAAGACUGAUGCCACUGGUUACCUGAUCUUACCCGACCCCAGGACUUACCGUCACGUCAUUGGGCCAAACGGCUCCAAGGUCAACGCGAUUCGACAGCAGAGCAACUGCAAGAUCCAGGUGCCCAGAGACCAGGCCCGUGACGAGGCCAUUGAGAUAGUCGGUACCCAGGCAGGCGUAGAGAAGGCCAAAGAGUUGAUCUUGGCUGCUGUACGCGAGGGGCAAAAGCCCAGGGAGUAG